AUUGGGGUACGAGUGAUAACAGCUGACGCCAUCAGCUUGGCUAACCAAUCAAAUUCUAAAGUAAAAACUGCGAGAAUAAGAGUAAGGAAGAGAAAUUCUAAUAACUGAGAAGUGGAGCGGUUGCUAUAGAAACGAAAAUACAUUACUCUGCAGAACCCUAAGACUAAGGAGGAGGUGGCGAAUGACUACACACUGAAAGAAGUAAAAAGCAAAGGAGGAAGUAUGUCCUGUACUGUGUCAAUUUCUUCAUUAUAUACUGAAGACAAGAGAGAAACAGAAAAUGCAGUAGAAUGUGUUGUGAAUCACAUGCACAUGGAAUUCUGAUGAUGCCAUAUGAAGACAAGAAGGGAAAAAAUACCAACUGGACCGCAGAGAAAAAGCAACAAGGGUGCUCGGACAAGCAAUAUACUGAUCUGAAAAGACUUCUGUCACUCUUGAAUGUCCCAGCAAACAAACAACAGCUACCAGCUCUGAAAUGUGAAAUUGCUAAGAAUAGUUCAACUCAAUCUCAGCAGCAGUGGAUCAAGUCAAAGAAUAAUGGUGUUCGAAACCAAAAUCAGCACAUAUCUACUGAGGCUGUUGAACUUGAAGCUUUUAGUGUUAAAUACAUGAAUGAACGUAAGUUUAGCAGUCAUUCCCAGCAUAAGCUGUUUAUGGAAAUCUUCAUAGCAUUGGUGAAGAACAGACUAAUCUGCAGAGAGUGGGUGGAAAGAGCCCCACCUGGUAACUUCUUGAGAGUAUUAAUCUGUUUGCGAUUGCUAAUGAGAGAUCCAGUUUAUCAGAAUGUAUUCCAUGAGCUUGGAGGUGUGGAGAGUUUGUCACAGUUAAUGGAGACCACUGCAGAUGAUUAUCUUGGAUAUGGAGAACACUAUAUGGUAGACCAUCUGGUCAACAUGACAAAUAUAUUUCAGAAGAUUUCUGCUGCCGUUGAUCAAAGAGAAUGGAUUGUUGCAAGUGAAGCACAUAAAACUUUAGUAAAAUGUCUAGUGGCCAGAGACAAUAAUGUGUUAAUAGGUGCAUUGCUUGCUCUUACCGGUUUAGCAGAAAGCCCAGAAUGCAGAGAUAAUAUUGCUGAUCUUGCUGUUGUUGAAAACCUGUUACUAGUGCUACAAGAGUAUGAUCUGCUUUCUAAAAGGCUUGCAGCAGAGCUCUUGCGUCUACUCUGUGCAGCUCUUAAAGUAAGAGAACAGUUAAAGGUCUAUGAAGGAAUACCCGUGUUGCUGAGCCUCCUACAUUCGGAUCACCUUAAGCUGCUAUGGAAUGUCAUCUGGGUCCUUGUACAACUCUGUGAGGAUCCUGAAAGCAGUGCUGAAAUAAGAAUUUGGGGUGGAAUCAAGCAACUUCUUCACAUUCUACAAGGAGACAGGAACUUUGUCUCUGAUAGAGCUUCUAUUGGGAGCUUGUCUAGUGCUAAUGCUUCUGGAAGAAUUCAGCAACUCCAUUUAUCAGAAAAUCUGAGUCCACAAGAGAUAGAAGAAAACAGACUUUCUGUUCAAGCAGCUUGCUGUGCUGCCCUAACAGAGCUGGUUCUUACUGAUACAAAUGCUCAUCAAGUUGUGCAGGAAAAUGGAGUGUACAUCAUAGCAAAAUUCAUUCUGCCAAACAAACACAGAGAUGCAACUAAAACAAAUCUGCUACAGUGUUAUGCAUUCAGAGCUCUAAGGUUUCUCUUCAGCAUGGAAAGGAACAGGCAUCUUUUCAAACGGAUGUUCCCUCCAGAAAUGUUUGGAAUGUUUAUUGAUAUUGGACAUUAUGUGCGUGACAUCAGUGCCUAUGAAAGCUUGGUCAUCAAAUUAAACUCAUUACCUGAUGAGGACUUAAAACAAAUUACUGAAAACAUAGAAAGUGUCAAUCAAAAUAAAGCACCAACAAAAUUCUUGGGUAAUUAUGCAAUCUUAGAUCACCUAGGAUGUGGAGCAUUUGGAAGUGUUUAUAAGGUUAGAAAACGAGGUGCACAAAAUUGUUUAGCAAUGAAGGAGGUGAACCUGCACAAUCCAGCAUUUGGAAAGGACAAAAAGGAUAGGGAUAAGAGCGUGGAAACAAUUGUAUCAGAACUCACAAUAAUAAACGAGCAACUCUGCCAUCCAAAUGUUGUUCAUUAUUAUAAAACCUUCAUUGAAAAUGACAAGUUGUACAUAGUCAUGGAGCUUAUUGAAGGAGCACCUCUUGGAGAGCACUUUAACUCCCUCAAAGAAAAGCAGCAGUUGUUUACAGAGGAGCGACUAUGGAACAUAUUUAUACAAAUAUGCCUUGCACUGCGUUAUUUGCACAAAGAGAAAAGGAUAGUCCAUAGAGACCUCAGUCCAAACAACAUCAUGCUGGGAGAGAAGGAUAAAGUGACAAUAACUGACUUUGGAUUGGCGAAGCAAAAACAAGAGAACAGCAAGCUUACUUCAGUAGUUGGAACAAUUCUGUAUUGCUGUCCUGAAGUAAUGAAAAGUGAACCCUAUGGUGAAAAAGCUGAUGUCUGGGCUACUGGCUGUAUCCUGUAUCAAAUGGCUACUCUCAACCCUCCAUUCUACAGUACUAGUAUGCUUUCACUGGCUAAAAAGAUAGUAGAGGCUGAUUAUGAUCCGGUUCCUGAAGGAAUUUACUCUGAGAAGGUGACAGAAAUAAUUAACAGGUGUUUGACUCCUGAUUCUGAGGCUCGGCCAGACAUUGUGGAAGUGAGUUCAUUGGUAACAGAUGUUAUGAUGAAGUAUCUCGAUUUACUAAGUAUGUGCCAGAUUACACUGGAGAAGAAACUGGAGCGAGAAAGGAAACGUACUCAACGGUACUACAUAGAAGCUAACAGGAAUACAAUGACCUGCCAUAAGCAAUGUAGUCUCUUGUCUCAGGAGCAGUGUGAGAAGGCCAGCCUGGAUAGCAGUAGUGGAGUAGCAAGUUUCAAAAGCGAAUCUUCAGAAAGUCCUGAGAGUCCAUCAGAAGUCUUUCCAGCUGUACAUCCUAAAGAAGAAGAAAAGGUUCCUGAAGAUGUAUUCCAAGAUGAUAAUUGUUCCACAGAAAAAGAUGUCUGUUCAGAAUUUGAUGAUGACUUGGAUAUAUCAGAUAAUUAUAGUAGUUCCAGUUCUAGCCCCUGCAAAGAUUCUUCAUGUAGUCAGAGUUACACUUCUAGCAUACCAAAUGGAAACAGUUCACCCCUGUCACCUUCUAGAGCUGCAGUUACACACUUGAACCAGCACUUCCAAAUACAUUCAUUUACUUCUGGCAGUUCUGGCUUAACAGGCAGAUUAAAGAGAAGUGUUAGUGCUUCAGGGCGGGAGACACAGCGUCCAGCUGGGUCUGGAGAUUUUGCUAGUGGAUCUGCCACAAGACCAAGACCAGCAUCUGCAGGAAUUUCUGUGUCACAAAGAAAACUACGACAAAUCAGUGAUCCCAUCCAACAGAUACUAAUUCAAUUACACAAAAUCAUCUAUAUUACACAGCUUCCUCCUGCAUUACAUCAUAACAUGAAAAGAAGAGUCAUUGAAAGAUUUAAGAAGUCCUUGUUCAGUCCACAGAGCAAUCAUUGCAACUUGAAAGUGGAAAUAAAAAAGCUUUUGCAGGGUUCUACUGAGCUUAUUGAAACUAAUGUCUCUACAGUUGAUUGUCAGUUUUUGCACCACUCCACAGGAGGGAAUACAGUAUUUUUUGAUGAAAUAAGAGCAGGCAUUUCAAAUACAUCUGGAUAUGAAGAAGGAGUAACGUAUGAACAUUUGCAGACUAUGAUAGAAGAUGUUUUGGAAGACAGUGGCUACUACAAUGCAGUUUUCAACAGGUCACUUUCCUGUUCAACGGCAAUCAACAGUUUUCCUGCAAAGAGAUGAAAAGAGAUUCGCUGCUUCAUGUAUCAAUAAAGUCAAGCUGCCUGCAUUUCAAGAAACGAGGAUCAAAUUAUUUGGAACACAAAACAUGUGAGACAUUAGUAUGAAACCUGCAAGCUAAUGAAAUCUAAAGGGAACAAAAUGUGCUUUCUAUAAAACUAUCUUCAGACUUCCUACAAAAAUCAAUGCUGUACGGAAACAUCUGAUAUGAAAACCCAAAUGAAUGUGCAGCUGUGAUCGCAUUAUUUCUCAGCACAGAUAAAGAAAACACAUGAUGUCAUAGCCUGAUUUUUUUAAGUGAACAUGAUAUCUACUUGUAGAUGGCUGCAUCUGAAAUUACAUUCAACUUUGUCCGUGAUUCUUGUCACAAGUUCAGUUUAUUUGUGUGUUAUUCGCUUGCAGUGAACAGUUUGAUUUUCACUGUCUAAUAUUUCCUUAGCCAGUUGUCUGACACUAGAGUAAGACACAAGACAGAAAAUGAUGCCUUUCAACUAUCACUGCUUUAUUGAGAAAUGAGUAGCACUUUUUUUCUGAGUUGAAGUUUUAUGUAAUAGAUAUAUAAAAACUUGUGAGCAAUUUAUACCUCAUAUAUGUAAGUUCUGUUUCUUUUCUGUUAGUUUGAACUUAUGCAGCCAGCUUCAAAUAUAGUGCCAGAGGUAAAGGGAUAUAUUAACAAUAAUUUGUUUGAAAAUCUUACAUAAGUGUAAUUUAAAAUGCAUUUUUGUUUCACAGAUCUGGUUAUACUGUUAAGCACAUUUAAUUAUGGGAAAAGAAACAGAAUUGUAUAUUUUCCUGAAUUUUGCUGCUACCUUACACUUAGGAAAGUUGUUCUUUAGAUAAUUUUGUCACAAAGACAGAAAGGUCAGAAGAAUGUUACAUCUCCAGUUGUAUUUUACACUUUGAUGAGAAAUCAGUGUGUUUCAUUGUACACAUAUGACUGAAUUCUAAAAGCCAGAUAAUGACAAUCUGCAGUUGUCACAAAGGCUUUUCUAAGUGCAAUAUUAUUAGAUAUAUUUUGAUUUCAAGCAAUGAAACACUCCUUAUAACUAUACAAACUGGGAUAUCUUUACUAGUUCUUAAAACAGAUGUUGAGAAGUGAACUGUUAGAAUGUAUAUGAGGUCAUCUUGUCCAAUGUGUGUGCUGGCCUUUUUCGAUUUAAAUGACUUCAUCAAUGUCCUCUCAGAAAUAAACUUUAUUUUUAAUAUACAAAAUGCAAUCCAAAUUCAUGUCUUUCAAAUGAAAAUGGAAUCCAGGAGUUUUGCAUAAAAUGUUUGAAAUAUCCCUAAUUUUUUGUCAGUAUGGAUUUCCAGUACCUAUUAUUGUAUAUUGAAAAAACUCUUAAUACCCUUCAUACACUCAAAACCUCUUUUUUCACAUGCAUGUCAUAGUUUUGUUGUUAUUCACAGAUAUUGUACUGAACUCCAUGAAAAAUUGUAUAAAAUGCGUGAAGAGUGCAUAGCGAUCGCUAGGAUAUUUCAGGUCUGGAGAUUUAUGAUGAAGUCUAGAACUCUGCAUAAAAAUGCUUCUGUUAUUUUGUCUGUUGGCAGUAAAUGCCUAGUUUCAGCACUUGUAUCAGUUUGAAGCAUGAAUACAGUAAUAUAUAUGUGUGUGUGUGUGUGAGAGAGAGAGACACAGCAGAAAAAGAUGUAGGCAAUGAUUAUUAAACAUUGAUGCUGAAGACAUUAUAUUGGGCCAAGUCGAAUAUGCUAUAUGCAGGUGCUGCAAAAGCUGACUUGGAUGCCUAAAAUGUCUCCUUGUUAUUUAUGCUGCAUGCUCGGGCUUUGCUGUGUUGCUACAAGGAAAGCAUAUCAAAUAUUGUUCCAAAGAUCUAUGGUUGUUCUUCUUAAGUUUGUCAUUGUUGCCACUGUUCAUAUCUAACAGUUACAUUUUAUUUAUUUUGUGCUAUUUAACAUUUGUUAACUGAAUUGGUGCACUGAUCCAAAGACUUUUAUCUGGCACAAACCAGGCCAUAUAGGCAAAAAUAACAAGAACUUUAGAUAAAUGUAAGAAGUACAUACUAUUAAAAAAACAGCAACACAAGAUAAGGCAACAUAAGAAAAUAAAUGGAUAAGAAGUAAAUGCAAUUUUAUAACAACAAAAUACAGUAAAGCAACAA